AUGUGGAACUACAACGGGGAGGAUGACACAUCUCGCUACGGGCGCAAGGGUCCAGACAACUUCGCCGCCCUGGCCGCCAUGUUGGCCGAUCUUUAUAAAGGGGAGAAAGAAGAGUUCACUCGCCUUAAAUGCCGAGAAAGCUUUUCCAUGUACAAUCCUCCCAGCUGGGAAUGGAGGAAGGCUGUCGUGGGGAUUUAUAGCCCUGCUCCACAGCCAGAGGAUCAUAUUCGGGACCUGGAUCCCAGAUUUGAGGAGGAUCCGGAUAUAUCUGUAGAGCUCAAGGAGGGGGUCUUUUAUCAAGAGAGCUACGACGGCACAGAAGUGGCCAUUACAGCCGAUUACCCCAGCCUUCUCCCCUCCUCUCACGGGCAGCACUCGUCUCGCCACUCCACACCAGAGGCAUCCCUUAAAAGGGCGGAGCCUGUGCGAGGAUCUUCGGAUCAGCUGGAAGAGAAACUUAAGGCCGCACAGGCGGAUAAACAACAUGUCGAAAGGCAAGAGGCCGCUGGUCAACGUGUAUUAACACGGACCAGGGAUGAGAAGAAUAAGUUGCAGGACGCCAACACCCAGCUGGGCGAAGAGCUGAAAGACGUGCAAGCUCAACUGGCGGACGCCUUGAAGGAGAUCCGAAAGCUGAGAGGAGGUGUGCUGACUGGGCGGCCCGAAAAAGAGGUGUCCGGGUUUCAAGGCGACCUGCUACAAGAGCUGUCCAAGGUGCAUGAGCAAGCUCGGAAGGCAAUGAGAAACAUCACUAAGGCUUUAUGGCUAGCCGAUUCUCCUCCAGGAAGGCCGAGGCCGAGCCCAGCUGGCCCGUCCGCCUCGCCACCGAGCUCGGGACGGAGUCCCGAGCGCUGCCGCGACCGCCGCCACCUCGACGUCCGUGCACCGCCCGGAGUCCUCCGCCGCCUUACCCCCUCCUCCAAGGCCACCUCCUCCCUUCCCUACUAUAAAGCCGCCGCCCCGGGCCCUGCCUCCCCUCCUCACAUCGCGUCGCCGCCGCACUCGCCAACUGCCGUCACCGCCGCCGCUAUUAGUCGUCGCCCCACGCCGCGGCAACCACCGCCGCCGAGCAGCGCCGCCGCCGCCCCGCCCGAUCCGCUGCAGCCCGCCUCACCGCCCGGAGCCCCGCCGCCGCGGUAA